AUGGCCCAGACUGUUUCUGAACUUGAGCUCACAAUACGACAGUUACGUAGAGAAACGAGUCUUACGACAUCGCAGUUAAUGGCUGCUCGCGAUAACCAGCAGACGUCUAUAGACCAAGCGUUGAAGGACAUCAAUGGACUGUCUUCCGCUCAGGCUCGCUCGUUGGCUAAGUCGAAAUUUGUUGUAGACGAUGCACUCGUUAAGCAACUUGCGGUGCUGACUCAGAUUCAGACUCACAAUCGGGAUACCGCCACAAUAUUGCGCUCGCUAGGUGUAUCGCUGGCCGAUAUUGCUUCUUUCGUCCAGAAACUGCAGCUAGAGCAUGGCUAUCAAACCAAGAGCGGAACUUCUGAAGAGGUAGACGCACUUCGUAUGGUGGCACUGCGACUGCAGACGCUACCGGAGCUCGCGGACACGCGUGCGUAUAUGGCAUUCGGCGCUCAGCCGGGAGCCCUUACCUCGCUUCCUUGUAAAGAUAAUCUGUACAUCAAUCCCUGA